AGGGAGGAUGCUCAGAGCGAACCCAACCUUCCCAGACAGCAGUGUGAAGUGACAGUCCAUGCGUUGUUCUCUCUGCUCUGGAUGCUAACUGGGAUGUAUUUUGGAAGGGGGGGGUCGGCCAACAGUGACCCAGCAGCAUCAGCGCCACAGAGCCUGACAUGAAUGACAAGUAAAGAUCUCUUUCAAGCGAGCAAACAGCACAGGAAUGUGCUUAAGUCUGCUGGGCAACACUAAGGCUCUUCAAAGAGACAUUUUGGACCUAGCUCGGUUUGUUUGUAAACACCCAGCACAAAACAAUCGAGGGAGAUUAGAUUUGUAUUCUUGUUUUUUUAUUUUCUUCUUUUUUUUUUUUUUUUGUGCUUUUAGAGGGAGUGGGCUUUGCUGGGAGGGUUCUUGUCUUCUUUUGUGAGGCGUGAACAAGACAAACUUCUAACAUGGCAUUGGUUAUGGAGCCUGUAAGCAAGUGGAGCUCAAGUCAAGUCGUGGACUGGAUGAAAGGCCUGGAUGACUGCCUGCAGCAGUACAUCAAAACCUUCGAGAAGGAGAAAGUAGGGGGGGACCAGCUGCUGCGGAUCACCCACCAGGAGCUGGAGGAUCUGGGAGUGUCCAGGAUUGGCCACCAGGAGCUCAUCCUGGAGGCUGUGGACUUAUUGUGCGCUCUGAAUUACGGGCUGGAGACUGAGAAUCUGAAGACGCUCUCUCACAAGCUCAACGCAUCUGCCAAGAACCUGCAGAACUUCAUCACAGGCAGGCGGCGCAGCGGACAUUAUGACGGCCGAGCCACGCGCAAGCUGCCCAACGACUUUCUCACCUCCGUGGUCGACCUGAUCGCUGCGGCCAAAAGCCUUUUGGCGUGGCUGGACAGGUGCUCCUUCUUUUUCAGAUCUCCUUUUGCUGCGGUGGCAGAUUACUCCGUGACCAGAAACAACGUCAUCCAGCUGUGUCUUGAGCUCACUACAAUCGUGCAACAGGACUGCUCGGUGUAUGAAACAGAAAACAAAAUCUUGCAUGUGUGUAAAACUUUGUCCGGAGUGUGUGACCACAUCAUCUCCCUGUCGUCUGACCCCAUGGUGUCCCAGGCUGCACAUCUGGAGGUCGUGCAGCUCGCCAACAUCAAAUCAACAGAAGGACUGGGAAUGUACAUCAAAUCAACUUAUGAUGGUUUGCAUGUCAUCACUGGGACAACAGAAGGAUCCCUAGCUGACCGCUGUAAGAAAAUCCAUGCUGGAGAUGAAGUCAUUCAGGUCAAUCAUCAGACGGUGGUGGGUUGGCAGUUGAAGAACUUGGUGAACUUGUUGCGUGGGGACCCUGCAGGUGUCACCCUGACGCUGAAGAAACGCCCACAAAGCACGCUCACCUCCACCCCUGCUCUUCUCAAGAACAUGAGAUGGAAACCGUUGGCUCUGCAACCAAUCUUCCCUCAGAGCCCCAGCAGCAGUGUGGCCACCCCCACCAGCACUUUAAGCACACCAUCCAGGAGGAGUAGCUGUGCCCUGCAGGACCUCUACAUCCCCCCUCCUCCUGCUGAACCCUACACCCCAAGAGACGACAAGGGAAAUCUACCCAGUGAUGAUUCUCAAUCCGAUGUCCAUGUCGCCGAGGGAUCUGAGUCACCAAACUCCUACCUGGACCAGGAGUGUCGUGGGCGAUUUCCUCUGGUGGAGGAAGACACAAUACUGUACUGCUACGAGUAUGACCAGAACCAGGAGGUGUCAUCAGUUCGCAGGGGCAGCACCCCCACCCCCACCUAUGGCAGGCUCAGGCCCAUCUCCAUGCCAGUGGAAUACAACUGGGUGGGAGACAAUGAAGACCUGGCCAAGAUGAAGAGAGAGAGCAGGAGAGCAGAGAAUUCCCUGCUGCGCUUCGCGAGUGAAGAUAAAGCCCCGGGGGAUGACUUCUUGCUGGGACGAAGCCUGAGUCAAAACAGGAGGAAGACAGAGCGAGGAGCCAGCCCCACCCAUUACACGCUCGUCCCUGCCCUGCAGAUGGAAGUGUCCCUGUCCACAUCCAGCUCAGACUCUGCCUCCCUCUACCAUGUGUUUGAAAGAUCCUCGCUGCUAUCAAGGUCAAAGAAGAAAAGUAAAGCUGGAAGUCCCCUGCCUUUAAUCAGCAAGCGUCGGAUUUCGUGCAGGGACCUGGGUCAGGGGGACUGCGAGGGCUGGCUGUGGAAAAAGAAGGAUGCUAAAACGUAUUUCUCACAGAAGUGGAAGAAGUACUGGUUCAUCCUAAAAGACACAUGCCUGUACUGGUACAUGAAUGAGGAGGAUGAGAAGGCAGAGGGCUUCGUCAGCCUACCAGAGUUUAAGAUUGAUCGUGCCACUGAAUGCAGAAGGAAGUAUGCUUUCAAGGCUUGUCAUCCGAAGAUAAAGACCUUCUACUUUGCGGCGGAAAACGUAGACGACAUGUCCCGGUGGCUGAGUCGUCUCAGUAUGGCUGUGGCAGGAUACUCGGAGCAGGAGAAAAUUUGCCAUGACCAAGAUUACUGGAGUGAGAGUGAUCAUGAGGACAUGGAGAUGCCAUCAAUGCCCAAACAGGACAGUCCACCACCACCUUACGACACCUUUCCCAGAGCGUCCUCAGUGAGUCCCUACCUGGAACCCAAACGGGGCCAUCUCUCCUCCUCAGACACUUUCCAGUCCCGCUCCUCCCAUGAGGAGUUCCACUCUGAGCCUCUGGACGGCAUCGGCAGCAACAACGGUGUGUCCCCUGGGCAGAAGUCGAGCGUCCACAGAAACUCCUGGCAGGACCAGAUGGAGAGCAACGCCAGGAUGCACUACCUGCAGACAUUUCCCAUGGAGGGCAGCCUGAUCUCCGAGGACAGGGACCAGCUAGCGAUGGAGUACCGCAGACAGUCCACCCUGCCGGCACAGCGAAGCCUGCUGCAGGAGCAGUACAGAGCCGUGCCUCUGCCGCUCAGGGCCAGCAUCGACUCAGAUGCAGGAGGGAAGCAGCGCAGCUUUACGCUACCCAGAGACAGUGGGCUUCACGCCAUCCUGGCUGCCACCAACAACGCGUCGGAUCAGAGAGAGCCACGACACUACCAACUGGAGCGACCCAGGGACACAGGCCUUGGGCGGGACUGCAGGAUGCAGGCGGACUCUCUUGGAGAUUUGUACCGGGCUCUGGAGCAGACCAGUCUGUCCACCUCGGCUGACCAUAGAUCGGCCAGUCGCCUGGAGUACAAGCGCUCAUUUGUCCGUAGAGUUAACGACCCCUUGCUGAAUGACAAGCUUCAUCGCCUCAGGGUCCUCCAUAGCUCACUCAAGAAUGUCCCUCUGCAAGACACACACCGCUCACUGGGUUAUUUAGGGUGAAGAUCAGUGUGCUGAUUCAACCUAACGUAUUGCCUCUGCUUGUGCCUCACACAGCCGGCAUCCCUCUGCUGGAGAUAAAAGGCACCGAAAAAAACCUUUCACAAAAAGCUUUCCCUGCUCGGCUCUACAUCAUCUCCUUUCCUUUAACUACUCCUCACCCUUGGUCAGCAUGGAGGAGCACAAAGACUUGUUGCGCCUCUGCUCAUGAUCUCUCUAUAUAUAAAUAUAUAUAAAUAUAAUAAAUGAGGGCUGUUACAGAAGGCAAAAAAGAGAUCUAGGCUGACAAAAUAUCUUGCAAAGUCACAGGGUUUAUGACAGGGUUUAGGCGCUUUGCGUUUGUGUCCAAAACUUGUUGGAGAGCUUUGUAAAUCAUCGCUCGCAUGCAUGGCCACCUCCCCUCCCUUCUGUCGAAUUGUGUUGAACAUUAUGCUGCAGUUGUGUACAAAUACUCAGUAAGCAGAAGCUAUUUUGGAUGUACACAACAUGUUGACAUGCAUGUAUGUAUGAUCUAAGGGUAUGUUUGUUCCAUGAGUGUACAGGAAGUUAAGCAUUUAUAUACAUAUUUAAUAUUAAACUACAACAGUGACUACACAAUGUUUUGGGGUACUUGUACAAAUUGUAAAUCAAGUGCUGUGCCUCAGUGAUUGUGAAUGUACAUUGUACUUUUCCAAGACAGACGAGAGGUAAUACAGAAAGCAAGCUAUCCCUCGAAACAGGAGCACACAAAAAAAAUAGAACGCUUGGCAAUAAAAAUGAGUAUUGUACAUUUUGAAGGAGUGAUCAGAAUAGAUGUCUAUUUUUGUAUGCAUGCCGUCUACCUAAUUGAUUGUAAAUCAGUUUUGUAUUUCUGAGUGUGUUUGGUCUGGAGAAUACCGUCGUUGACCCUCCUUCCUGCCACCACAACUUUGUGUUUUAAAGACUUAUUUUGCAAUUUGACCCAGAGAGUUAAAGAUUUUUUUAGUGUUGGCUACAAGAAGAGAAAUAUCUGUAUUUAUUAAGUGUUUAAUGUACAAGCAUGCUUUGUAUAACUAAAACACAUUACCAUGCCAUUUGAAAAUUGACUGACAUUGCACAAGUGUGCCACAUUGUAGCUCCAUGACUUUUUUUUAUGAAUAAAGUAUGGCAUGGGCACACAUAGGA